AUGGCGAUCAAGCACAACAACGCGAUCCCUAACAACCACUUCCACAAGCACUGGCAGCGUCGUGUGCGCGUGCACUUCGACCAGCCCGGUCGCAAGCACCGCCGUCGUCAGGCUCGUCUCGAGAAGGCUGCCGCUGUCGCUCCUCGUCCAGUCGACAAGCUCCGCCCCAUUGUGCGGUGUCCCACCAUCAAGUACAACCGCAAAGUUAGGGCUGGUCGUGGCUUCACUCUUCAGGAGCUGAAGGUAUUUUUCAACUCCCCUCGACGAUUCCCACUCGCCAGAACUAUAUACUGCGCACAUUUCUCCGCUGGAAAUUUCGGGAAGCUGGUAUCCCCCGCAAGCUCGCUCCGACCAUUGGCAUUGCGGUCGACCACCGCCGCAAGAAUCGUUUCCCAGGAGUCCCUUGCCGCCAAUGUCGCCCGUCUGAAGGAGUACAAGGCCCGCCUGAUCCUGUUCCCCCGCAAGAGCGGCCAGUUCAAGAAGCUGGAUUCGUCCCCUGAGGAGGUCAAGGCUGCCAAGGAGGCUUUCGCUGCCGAGGGCAAGGUUGAGGGAUACGCCACCCGGGUACAGGCCACGCUGCCUAUCAAGAACAUCACUCGUGAGGAGGCCAUCACUGAGAUCAAGCGUGACGAGAUGCCCGAGGGCGAGAAGGCCGCCUACCGGCGGUUGCGCGAGGCCCGAAGCGAGGCUCGUCUGGUCGGUGUCCGGGAGAAGAGAGCCAAGGCCAAGGCUGAGGAGGAAUCUGCCAAGAAAUAG